UAUUCAGCGUUCCCUUUCCCACUGUCUGUGACAUAACUCCGUGAUAACAGUCGAAGCUAAAGUCCGAAGCCUUAAACAGAGACGGCGUUACAAAAAGCAGCGUACACUGCGCAUGACCACUAUGAAGACGAAGCCGAAGCCGAAAAUGACGACUUCGAAAUGAUUUCCCCUUUUUUCUCUGAAACUCUCUGUUUUGAAUUGAAGAGAAGGAGGUAGGAGUACAUAUUCUCGUUGGAAAUUUGAGGUGGUUUUUGAGUUAUCUACUGUAACGUCCCUGUUAUCAUGGGAUCAGCUUGUUGUGUUGCUGCAAAGGAUCACACUCUUCCCAACAGAACUGGAGGUGAAAGUUUACAUAGAAAUGUUGCAUGUUCACCAUCUUGGAGCUUUCGAUGGGAUAGUUGGGGCCGUGUUACUGGUGAAAUCGAGAAUCCUUCCUUCAACACAUCUCACAGAGUCAGCAGAAAUGUUAGCAUGGAGUUAAAAGGGUCUUUGAGUUCUGAAAGAGGUAAUUUAUCUGAUGGUGGGAGCACCCUGGAGAUUUCUGUAACACCUAUGUCUCAGAAGUCCCCUGUUCAUGAUCAGUUGGUUGUAAAUCAGAUGACUCCUUCUUCAGAUCUAUCCAUGUCAAGUAAUUGUUCUACAAUGGUGAAGAAUCUUGUAGAAUCACCAGAAAUUGCAGAAUCUUCAAUACCAAAUCUUUUAUUUUCAAUACCUUCAGUUUACUCAACCCCUACAACAGAUCCCAUUCCUAAUCAUAAUUAUCACAAUCUUCCUAAUUCAAUGGCAUCAAGAUGGGCUCAUCGAUCUCCAGGACACCCACUGUUGAGACAAAUUUCUGAUAGUCAAAUCCUGGGUCUGAAAUCACCUGACAACUCAAUUUCUGAGGGAAGGCCAUCAUUUGUACUCUCUACAUGCAGCAAUGACAUGGCAACUGGAUCCCAGUGUGGGUCAUCUGAUGGCUGGUCUAUGCGCACCUUUUCUGAGCUGGUGGCCUCUUCUCAAAAGGAACGGUGGUCUUUUGACAGUGAGUACUUAGGUUCAGGUCGUCUCAAGAUAAGUGGAACUAGUAGCAGGUUCUCGUAUUCCCCCUCCAUGGAUUUACAAUCUUGUGGGGCUUGCUCCAGGCUCUUGAAUGAGAGAUCUGCAUGGGGCAACCAGAAAUUUAUUGGCAGCAGUAACCUCUCAGUUGUUGCUGUACUUGUCUGUGGUCAUGUGUAUCAUGCAGAAUGCUUGGAGACUAUGACACCAGAAGCUGAUAGUUAUGAUCCAGCUUGUCCAAUUUGUAUGGUUGGGGAGAAGCACUUGUCGAAGUUGUCCAAAAAAGGUAUUAGGGCCGAAUCAGAGAUGAAAUCCAAGAACCACAGGAUAUCCAAAAACCGAGUAGUUGAUAGCUACAUUGAUGGUGGGUUAGAUGUUUUUGAUCGCCAAAAAGAUAUAGUUUCAAAGAUGGAGCCUAGCUCCAGUGCAAGGAGUUCAUUUGGAAAGCCGAAACCGUUCUUGAGGAGGCAUUUUUCACUGGGAUCCAAGUGGAACCGAUCCCUGUCGGAUAAUGAUUCUGCCAGGAAGAAAAGCUUCUGGGCAAGAUACCGUAAAGAUUGAGUUCCCCUAGUCAUAGCUGUUAGAUGCAACUGCUCUCUAAUUACACCACCAGUUUAGAAUUUAAUAUUUUCUAUGUUGUCUAGCUUUACUAAUAAUUUUAGAUUUAUUUUGACUUGUCACUAGAAAUUCCCACCAUGUUGAUGUGGUUCAUGGUUCAUAUUACG